GUUUCUCUUUCCCCACAAACAUUCAGGUGGGUAGAUUUCCCCAAUAAUCUUCAUCCAAUACAACUUGCCCUGCAUUUUAUGCAGGGCACAAAUUAAACAGGUUGGAGAUUAGAAUUUAGAAUCCAGUUCCGAUCCGGUGCGGCGGCGGCGGCUCCGGCUCCUCAGUAUGACGGCGGAGGACUUGGGGACAUUGUCAGGAACCACCGCCACCGCCCCCGGCACCGGCACCGGAUUCUCAACCACCAACACCGAAAACCUCGCGGAUUGGUUACCGCCCGUGCACGCGGAUGAAUCUGAGAAGAGGAAAAAGAAGAAGCGCAGCAGCUCCUUCGGCUUCCUAAGAGCCGCGUCAAUGAUUUUCCGGACGAAGAGCAUCGAGAAACAGCAAAAGAAAGAGAGAGUUUCCGAUGAGGACGGAAAACAGGGGAGGAGCAAUAACUGGAAGAACAUCGUGGGGUCCAUGCGGCCGUUAACAUUGCAACAGAAAUCCCCGGCGGUUUCUCCGUCCCCGACGGUUGAGGAUCUCCAGGCCCUGGUCCCACAAGGCGGCCUGGAAUCUCCGGCUCCUUCCUAUGUCUCCUCCAGCGGCUCCUCCAGCCGAUACGCUUCCGCAGCCAAUCUCCAGGAACUUGAUUCCUGCGACGACGUAGACGACCCCGACGAGGUUUUCGACGCCAUCACCGGCGACGACAUGAUCGACGCCAAGGCCGAGCAAUUCAUUAAUCAAUUCUACCAACAAAUGAGGCUUCAAACUGCACCCAAACAGUAUUGAUCGCCAUAUACGCACGCUUGCAGGCAGAGGACCAAUAAUUGAAGCAUGUAAUUCAUUUCUAUCCUGUAUUGCUGAAUAGAGCGCCCACUCUGCAUAGAUUAGGCAUACAGGCAUUCCAGCCCGUUUUAGUGGAGGGGCGUGCUAUUUGUUUACAUCCAUUAGUUUGUAAGGGGUUCAAUGCAGAUUUUGAUGGAGAUCAAAUGGCUGUUCAUGUA